AUGAAUGGAUCGAGGACUACGGUCACGGUGGGCCCACGGCCGACCAAGGCCUGUAUAAAUUGCCGACGACUGAAGAUGAAGUGCGAAGUCUCCGGACCUCCUCCAUGUCGCCGAUGCCGACAGAAUCGGGUACAGUGCGUAUUCAAGCCGCGGGCCAAUGCAUCUGCCAUACAUAGCUUAGUUGAGUUACAACAAGAUUCAAGUCUUACAUGCUUACCUGGUAUCGCGGACCAUCAGUCAAUUCUGAACCGAUUAUCCAGAAUCGAGGCGGCACUAGGCAUUACCGAGGAGGGAGACGACGAGGUAGUCUCACCCCGUGAACCAAGCCCAAAAAAAGAUGUGGAUUCAGUCCCUCUAAAUGGUGUGUGGAAAGCGGUUGCGCAUUUACGGGUCAUUACUCGUCCAUCCCCAGAUGAAAGUGCCUGGUCCCGACCCAUUGUCAAGCAACUUUGGACCUCGUAUGCAUCAGUUUUACUUGACGCAUGGAAUUUCAUCGCUAACGAAGAAAAAAGGUUCUUGACUAAUCUCCCCCUCCUCCACUUUCUCAAAAACCGCGAUGCGUUUGCAUCGCCAACACCUCUCUUGCUCGCCUCCGUGCUUUACAUUUCUGCUCUACACCACACCUCUUCAGAUUUGGCUUCAAUAGAGACGGGGUACUUUGCCGCUACUUGUAGCGCUAUUGCAGAGCUAGUUACCCCAUCUUUGCAACCGUUUUCCCCACAGGCAAUAGCGCGCAACGAUGAUGAACAGGAUCUUUCUCCGCAAUCCCAAACAAGUGUGGCAUUCCACAACAUCCUCGGUUUGAUCAUGGCCAGUCUUAGCUCCGAAGCAUAUAUAGAUGCCACGGGUAUGUGGAUUUCUAUGGCAUAUCGCAUUUGGCUUGAUCAUUGUCCGGUGGAAAUGAAUGCUACGAUGCAUGAUUGGCAUGGCCUAUUUUCUGGUCUUCAGGUGAUUGAUAUCGAACACGCCUCAAUGCAUAUGUCCUAUCCACUGGUCCCGCGACAUGCUCCUGCACCAGGAAUCCAGCGACUUGAUAGCCAUCAGGGAAAUGCAUUCCAAGGUCUUGCAGAAAUGAUGCAUUACGGGUUGAGCCAUUUCGUUGGCCGAGGACUACCGACCAUUUGGGCCUCUAUCAACACAAAUGAAACUGAUAUUGUUGCUGCUGUUCGAACUCCGUUUACUGAGAAUGACUCUCAGGUCAUUCGUCUUUGGGCACGAAAGCUUGAUAACUGGUUGGUGCGGUACAGUGGCUCAUCUCAGCCCACACCAUCUGACAGACAGGGGAUUCUUAUCUUACUGCAGUACCAUCUACAUAAGUUAUAUGUUCUGUCAAUCUACCACCCAGCUCGUGGAUUUGAUCUCAGCUCGGCGGAUAUUAGUUCUAUGGAAAGACAUGAGUUACUUGUCUCGGCACGAGCCGUGUUAAGACUUCGACAAGAUGAUGCAAGUAUAUGGUCGAACUGGGAUAUGGUCAUGAUUACCUGGGCAGCCAUACUCCUCCUUCGAGGCGUUGAAGACGGCAUGACCCACCAAGAUGACCUUCACUUAGUCCAAUCGCACCUUCAGAGCCUUGAUCGAACGAAUCAAUCCGCAGCAAGCAUCCACACGGUGUUAUUCCGUCGCCUCGAGUCUAGCAUGCAAGCCAUGCAUACACCCCCAGAUACCAGCGAAUCAUUAACGCUCCCCGGACCAAUCGCAGAUGAGUCAUGGACUAUCUUUGAUCAGGAGAUCAUGGCCCUCGCAAAUCCACCGUGGCUGUUUGAUGAGCCUCCUCAGUUGUCACAGAUGCAGAGACCAUCUGUUCAGUAUGACUUUACGCCACAGGCUCAAUGGGACUGUGCCGAGCCGGAUGCUGGGACCUUGCCAUCUACUUUGAAUCGAAUCUUUGGCAAUGACGGCAAUGGUCAAAUG